CGUCCGUCGGUAUGUGAGUACACACACGAAGGUCAGCUGCUCAGGUCACUCCUUCCUUGAUGUGUCAUCUAUCCGUUUGGUUGGUAAGUGUGGGAGGUUAGUUCAGUUCACAGGGCUGCCCGUUCACGCAUCUACAUCCCACCCGUACGUCACGUCAUAUCACUGCACUGAUCCGAAGCUCAUCUGUGGCUGCUCCCUCGGCACCGCUCGACCGACCCGCAUCACAACAUCCGCCAGUUCCCGCUUGCCGACGGACACGAUCCGACUCUCUGACGGCACACACACACAAUCAUGCACAGAGGAGAGAGAGAGGCAGUAGCUGCUCUGCUUACGGACUUGUGAGUCCGACGGCCUGAAUCUGCGCCACCAUGUUCGUAGCGGCCUCCUCCGCACUCUGAUCAUCGUCAUCAUACGCCACUGCAAUCACCACGGCGUCGGGGUGGCCGCCACGGGCAUCGAACUCCCUGUACACACAGACAUACACACGUACAAUCACACGCACAGAUAUUACCACCAACAGGUCUCACCACACCUGAUCCGAUCCAGGUCAGCCGUAGUAUGCUCACCCUUCUGCAGAGGAAGACACACAAGUUAUAUCUACCUGUUCCCUUUAGUGUCUACUUACCUCGAAUACCUGCAGGCAUCUGGGUAGCUGUUCGUCGCGGCCUGGCGACAUGUCGAUGACGUUGACGAGCUCCCACAUGAUGGGGUCUGCACCGCCAGCGGCGACCAGCUUGUCCAGCAGCCGCUGAGCACUGUGUGGGACAACAUACCUGACAGACAGGAUUGUGCAGGCAGGCAGGCAGGCAGGCAGGCAGACAGGCAGUGCCUGGGAAGAGCACAGAGUGCGUACCCGUGGCGAGGAUCACUUUGGGAAACGAAGUCGAUGUCAGUAGGUGGCGCGAUGCGAUGACUGCACCGGCAGGGACACAUCCAUCCAUCCAUCCACGUAUGUAUCGCGCGCGCGCGUGUGUGUGUGUGUGUGAGAGAGGGGAGAGGGAGAGGGGCUUACAUGACGGGGUUGCCCUCCCGGGUGUCGACGUCCUUGACGAACGGGUGGCCUCGCAGCUCGUCAGCGGAGGGGCGGCCGGCCGGUUCGACACACAUGCACCUAAGUAAACAAGACACAUACCUAACACACACCUAGGUCUGAGAGUGUGGUUAUUCACUUAUCGAGAAAAUCGCGAAACUCGUCGCUGAAGCCCUGGAGCGUGAGGCCCUCCGACCCGGGGCUCUGCUGCAAACACGCGGCCGCCUGAAUACAUUCAACAACCCACAAAUGUACACACAUACACACACACGCAUCCAGAGAGGUGUCUGUCUGUCCUCCUGCCGUCCCCACCCUCCUGAUCCUCUGUGCAGUGAUAUCCCCCUGCUGCGAGAAGGCCAUAAAGGGCAGCCGUCCCUCCGCCAAGACAAUGCACACCGUGCCGACCGCCCAGAUGUCAACCUGAAUGCAUUCCACUCAUGCACACCCACACACACGGGCACUUUGCGCUCAUGUGUGCUGCGGGCGGCUGGUUCAGUGCUGCGUACCGACCGAUUUGGUGUAUGAGUGGGGGCGCUGGCUUCUCAAAACGGCCGUAAACGGCCACGCGCUCAGAUCAAGCAUCUCUGGCGCCAUCAGACACAUUGCUCUUGACAUGCCUGCAGGGCACAGGGAGAGAGAGAGAGAGAGGAAUCUUGCGUGUGUGGCCCUCCGUGUGUUGUGUGUCCUCACCUUGCACGGGGUUGGGUGUUGCGCAGCGGUCCUCAGGGCCGCCCAGCAGCUUGGCUGACCCGAAACCCCCUGAAGACACGCACAUUCUUUCUCUCCCCUCUCUGCCGUCGCCCUUCCACUCACCUAGUUUGACAUGGCCCCCGAGGUCCAUAAGGAUGUUGUGGUACGUGACCCCACGAUGCACCACCUCGUGUCGAUGCAGGUCGCACAGCGCCUCAAGGACAGAGGCGGCCACGUGUUGGACCUCAGCUUCGGUCAUCCGCCCGCCGUCCGGCAGCCUCAGGAGCAACCAGCCGACCGACAGGUAGCCGCAAUACUCGGAGACGAUCUGCAGACAGACAGACAGAUCUUCUUCGUGUGUGCAGCCAGCCGGAUGCCACGUACCCAGAGAUGGUCAUCCUGGUCAUCAUGUUCUCGGUGCGUGGCCAGUGUGGUCACGAUGGUCGGAUUGCUCCUGCACGUGUGCAGAAUGCGCACCUGCUGGUCCGCUCGCCGCCUGUCAGCCUCCGUCUUGUAAGGGAGCCGUUUGACGACCACAUCUCGCUCUGUUGCCCUGUGUGUCAUCAGCGUCACUUUGACGUCAGCGAUCUGAAUCAACGGAAGCCACCAGACCAUCCAUCCAUCCAUUCAUUGUGUAUCGGUGUCAUUCACCUGUACGUGUUUGAGUAUCCCUUUCUGCUCGUACAGAUCGCUCAGAGAAAACCUGAAGCACACACACAUACACACACAACACACACCCUUCUCAAAAAGUCAUUUCUCAUUGGUGCGUGUCUCAUUGGUGCGUGUGUUCGGACGCCGCCCCCCCCUCUUCCGAUCGCGCAGAGCCAGAUCCCGCCCACAUCUCCCCGGAGCCCGUGCCGACACAAUCAGCACACCCCCAAGCCGUCGCUGUCGGUAUGCGGCACACACGAAGACGGUGCCGCCACUCACCGGAGAAAACUGGCCACACCGUAACCUACGCUCCAAAAUGGUAAAGCUGACACAAAGCGUCCAUCCCCACUGCAAGAUGCCCUUGCUGCCUUGCCUACACUGUGGGCUGCUGCUCACCUGUGGGUUCUUGCCUUCUUGCGGUGGUGCAGACCUCUUGGCGAACCGCACUCGGAUGUCCUGUGUGACGCGAUCGGCGCUUACAGUGUAUCUGACAGACCAAAAUGGACACCACAAGGCACCAGAGUGAUGUGCUGAGGCUCGUGUUGGCCUGUCUGCUGCAGAUCUGCCUCCCCGCGCUGAGAUCUGUGUCGUGGCAGAAUGAGCAGCUGCUGUGCCCGCCCUGCUGCUGUGCCAAGCUCACCUGUUCUGUUGGUGUCAGGCGUUCAUUCGGUAGGCUCACUGCGGCUCGGCUCGGUGCGAAUGGCUGAGAAUGGGACACGGUUCGCAGCUGACGGCGGAUGUCUGAGGGCCCGCCAGGCCACUCAGUGGCUAACAGCAGCAGGCCUGUGGUGUCGGCAAGAGGGGGCGUCCUCUGUGGGCGUUUGGCAAACGUGCCCACACCUGAUCGCUCGGCUCGCAAAAGAGGCCAAAGCGGCGGCUAGAGGUGAGAAUGCGCAGCACAU